UUAGAAGAUAACUUGAGGAAAAUGGAAACAGAUGAGGCUCAAGAUAUGUCCCAGGUUUCAGGAAAGGAAAGUCCUCCAACUAGUGAUGUCCCUGAUGAUCCAGACGAACCUAUGCCUAUACCAGAGGACCUUUCAACUAGUACUGGAGGUCAGCAGAGCUCUAAGAAUGACAGAAUCUUGGCUGCCUAUUUCUCUGUCCUUCGAAAGCCACCCUCUACGUCCAGUUUCCCAGGAGCUGCAUACGGGGCGGAAGGCUUUAGGGACUUUCAUGCAAUAAUUCCCAAAUCUUUUUCCACCGGUAAUAUUAAAAUAGAGACUCAGAGUGAUGAAGAGAAUGGGCGUGCCUGUGAAAUGAAUGGGGAAGAAUGUGCAGAGGAUUUACGAAUGCUUGAUGCCACAGGAGAGAAAAUGAAUGGCUCACACAAUGGCCCAGGCAGCAAGGCUUUGUCAGGAGUUGGAGGCAUUCGACUUCCUAACGGAAAGCUAAAAUGUGAUAUCUGUGGGAUAAUUUGCAUCGGUCCCAAUGUGCUCAUGGUUCACAAACGAAGCCACACUGGAGAACGCCCUUUCCAGUGCAAUCAGUGUGGAGCCUCCUUUACCCAGAAGGGCAACCUUCUGCGCCACAUAAAGCUGCACUCAGGUGAAAAACCCUUCAAGUGUCACCUGUGUAACUACGCUUGCCGCCGCAGGGAUGCCCUCACGGGACACCUGAGGACUCACUCAGUUGGCAAACCCCACAAGUGUGGAUAUUGUGGUCGCAGUUACAAGCAGCGCAGCUCUUUGGAAGAACAUAAAGAACGCUGCCAUAACUACCUUCAAACCAUGAAUCUCUCAAGCAGCAUCUAUCCAGUCAUAAAAGACGAAAGUAACCAGAGUGAAAUGGCUGAAGACCUGUGCAAGAUAGGGUCAGAAAGAGCCCUCGUGCUGGAUAGACUAGCAAGUAACGUCGCCAAACGUAAGAGCUCUAUGCCUCAGAAAUUUGUUGGUGACAAAUGUUUGCCCGAUCUUCCAUAUGAUGCCAGCAUCAACUACGAGAAGGAGAACGAGCUCAUGCAGACACACGUGAUCGACCAGGCCAUCAACAACGCCAUCAGUUACCUGGGGGCGGAGUCCCUGCGUCCUCUCGUCCAGACACCGCCGAGUGGCUCUGAGGUGGUGCCCGUCAUCAACCCCAUGUAUCAGCUCCACAAACCUCUCGGGGACAAUCAGAUUCGCUCCAGCCUCCCUCAGGACAGCGCAGUGGAAAACUUGUUGCUGCUUUCCAAAACCAAGUCGGUUUCCUCUGAACGAGAUGUCUCUCCCAGCAACAGCUGCCAAGACUCAACAGAUACAGAGAGCAAUAAUGAGGAGCGCAGUGGUUUGAUCUACCUGACAAACCACAUAGGUGCUCAUGCAAGAAAUGGCAUCUCUAUUAAAGAAGAAAACAGGCAAUACGAUGUCUUGAGAGCGGGUACUGACAAUUCCCAGGAUGCUUUCAAAGUGAUCAGCAGCAAUGGGGAGCAAGUAAGGGUUUACAAGUGUGAACAUUGUCGAGUCCUUUUCUUGGAUCAUGUGAUGUAUACGAUCCAUAUGGGCUGCCAUGGGUUCCGUGAUCCUUUUGAAUGCAACAUGUGUGGCUACCACAGCCAGGACAGGUACGAAUUCUCUUCCCACAUAACUCGAGGGGAGCACCGUUUCCACAUGGGUUAAAACACUGGCACAGAUCGACCUCAACAGCUGCGUUACUGGAGCUGCAUGAGCCAUGACAGCAACAAAGCAAAAGUAAAAGUCACAAGAGAAUCAGAAGCUCAGCAAUGCUCUCCCACGAGAACAGGG